AAUUGUAAAUGAUGAAACUAGGGUUUACUAUAUUUUUCCCUCUAAACAAGAACAAACGAUCUGAUCUCAUCAAAACAGUUGGUAGAAACAGUGAAGAAACCCGUAGCUCUUCAGGAUGGGUCGUAUGCAUUCAAGAGGAAAGGGUAUCUCUGCAUCUGCUUUGCCAUACAAGCGUUCACCCCCGACUUGGCUCAAGACCACCGCUCUUGAUGUUGAUGAGUCGAUAUGCAAGUUUGCAAAGAAAGGUCUGACACCAUCUCAGAUUGGUGUGAUUCUUCGUGACUCUCACGGUAUCCCUCAGGUGAAGAGUGUUACCGGAAACAAGAUCUUGCGAAUUCUGAAAGCACACGGUCUUGCUCCUGAGAUUCCUGAGGAUCUUUACCACUUGAUCAAGAAAGCAGUUGCUAUCCGCAAGCACUUGGAGAGGAACAGGAAAGACAAGGAUUCCAAGUUUAGGUUGAUUCUUGUGGAGAGCAGGAUUCACCGUCUUGCUCGUUAUUACAAGAAGACCAAGAAGCUUCCUCCUGUCUGGAAGUACGAGUCUACUACUGCCUCUACUCUUGUGGCUUAGAGAGAGAGUGAAGUGCAAUGGACUUACUAUCAAGAAAGACUACCGUUUCUAUUUGAGUAUCAGUAGACUUAAUUACUCUGUUUGCAUUUAGUGAUUUUUGUUGGCUAAAUUACAAUGAUCGUUUUGAUCAUUUCAAUGAACAAACGUUGGUUAAAUUUGUCUUUCAUAAGUAUCAUAAGUCAAAACUAUUUUUAGUUA